AAUGGUAUAUUCGCUGAGUCCUCUACCCGCAGGACUUCCAAGUAUUUUCGGAGUAUGAGUGGCGUUCCCAAUCUGCAGGAAACUUUAAAGGAGAAACAGGCCAGAUUUAGAGAGGCAAGGGAAAACCGAAGAAUGAAAAUAGAUUCUUCAUAUAAAUAUAUAUUUGAAAUCCUAGCAGAAUGCCUCAACCUGGACAUAGGAACUGUGGAAGAAUUAAUUUUGGAUUGUCCAUCUCUGGAAAUAUUUUCCCAUUUUUUAAUGAAAGAUGGUUGUAGGACCUUGAAAUUUGUGUACCAGGAAGGGGCUGUACCUGGUGUAGAAUGUGGUCGAACGUUUCCUGGAGUACCCAAAGGAUCAAAAAUGAUGAGAUUGUUUGUAGACAGUACAGCCCCGGACAAAGUAAAAGGCCUGUGUGUAUUUUUUGUUCGCUGUCAAAAUGAUGUUGCUGUAAAUACUAAAAAUAUUCAUGAGGAGGUGCUGUUUACUGUUCUGGAUGCAACAGAAGGACUCAUCACUGGAAUUAGAAAUAUGCUGUCAGAUGUCUUUCUACCAGCUAUUCUUGUGACAAAUAAUUGGGGUGCUUUAAAUCAGUCCAAGCAAGGAGAAUCUGAUAAGCACAUUUUCACUGAAACUAUCACCAGAUACCUUUCAUUUUUAGAUGGUGCUAGAAUAAGUAUUGAGGGAACAGUUGAAUUGAAGACGAUAAGCAAUAUUGAUUUUAACAAACUACAGUCUUUUGAAGAAGUGACAGCUGCAGCUAGCAAUUCAGAAACUGUUCGUCAUUUGGAGGAAGUCCUGAUGGUAUGGUACAAACAGAUUGAACAGGUACUUAUUGAGAGUGAGCAGAUGAGAAAAGAAGCUGAUGACUCAGGCCCACUCACGGAAUUGGAGCACUGGAAACGCAUGUCAGCCAAGUUCAAUUAUAUUAUUGAACAGAUAAAAGGUCCAAGCUGUAAAGCUGUCAUAAACGUGCUCAAUGUUGCACAUUCAAAAUUGUUAAAGAAUUGGCGUGAUUUGGAUGCAAGAAUCACCGAUACAGCAAAUGAAUCAAAAGACAAUGUCAGAUAUUUGUACACACUGGAAAAAGUAUGUCAGCCUCUCUAUAAUUAUGACCUAGUUUCCAUGGCACAUGGAAUACAAAAUUUGAUCAAUGCCAUCAGAAUGAUUCACAGUGUGUCAAGGUAUUAUAAUACUUCAGAACGAAUGACAUCACUGUUUAUCAAGGUUACCAAUCAAAUGGUGACGGCGUGUAAAGCUUAUAUCACAGAUGGAGGAUUGAGCCAUGUAUGGGAUCAGGAAACUCCAAUUGUGUUAAAGAAAAUUCAGGAUUGCAUUUUCCUAUUCAAGGAAUAUCAGUCAUCUUUUCACAAAACAAAGAAACUUAUUUUAGAAUCCUCAGGGGAAAAAUCUUUUGAGGUUUCAGAAAUGUAUAUAUUUGGGAAAUUUGAAGCUUUCUGUAAGAGACUGGAGAAGAUUACAGAAAUGAUAACUAUUGUGCAAACAUACACAGCCUUGAGUAAUUCUACCAUAGAAGGAAUAGAUAUUUUGGCAAUAAAAUUCAAAAACAUAUAUCAAGGAGUUAAGAAAAAGCAAUAUGACAUUCUGGAUCCAAGAAAGACAGAAUUUGAAACAGAUUAUUUAGAAUUUAUGACAAAAAUAAAUGGCUUAGAGGUACAAAUACAGACAUUUAUGAACAGUUCUUUUGGAAAAAUCUUAUCAUCUCAGCAGGCACUUCAACUCCUUCAACGGUUCGAGAAGCUGAACAUUCCUUGUCUUAAAUUAGAAAUAAACCGCACUAUUGAACGGAUUCUUCAGUUCUAUGUAGCAGAACUUGAAGCUACAAAGAAGCUUUAUCAUUCUCAGAAAGAUGAUCCCCCUCUUGCUCGCAACAUGCCUCCUAUAGCGGGGAAAAUACUUUGGGUGCGGCAGCUCUACCGCCGGAUAAGUGAGCCCAUCGACUACUUCUUUAAAAACUCGGACAUUUUAUCAAGUGUAGAAGGUAAAGCUGUCAUUCGCCAGUAUAACAGAAUUUCCUAUGUCUUGGUGGAAUUUGAGGUGGUCUAUCACACGGCCUGGGUCAAAGAGAUUUCACAGCUACAGUAUGCUUUACAAGCCACACUUCUUGUGCGGCAUCCAGAAACAGGGAAGUUGCUGGUGAAUUUUGAUCCCAAAAUUUUGGAAAUUGUACGGGAAACUAAGUGCAUGAUAAAAAUGAAGUUGGAAGUACCAGAACAGGCAAAGAAAUUGCUAAAAUUGGAAAGUAAACUGAAAGCAGACAAACUGUACUUGCAGGGUCUUCUGCAAUAUUAUGAUGAGCUAUGUCAGGAAGUUCCUAUUGUGUUUGUUAACUUGAUGACUCCUAAAAUGAAAAAGGUGGAAUUUGUGUUGAGACAAGGGCUCACAAUAUUAACGUGGUCAUCUUUAACACUGGAAAGUUUCUUUCAAGAAGUUGACUCAGUUCUGAAUAUGUUCAAUCAACUUUUAAAGAAGAUCAAUGACUUGGUUGAAAUGCAUAUUGAUACGGUCCUGAAGGAAAUAGCCAAAACAGUGUUAAUUUCCCUGCAGGAAAGUGGUGCUACCAGAGUAGAAGAUAUGUUGACCAUCAAUGAGACAUUCACAAAGGAGUGGGCUGAUAUUUUAAACCACAAAAGUAAGCGUGUGGAAGAAUCUGUAAGAGAACUUAUAACAAUAUUUGAGAAAAUUUAUGAAGUUAAGUACAGUGGAAAACCAGCAAAACAGCCAGAACUUAAAAAACGCGUUGUUUUUGGAAAUGAAAUAGAAAAUAAUGAAAAUCCUGAAUAUGAAUCUCACAUUGUGAGUGAAGAUGCUAAUGAUAAAGAAGAUGAAUUUAAAAAGGAAUGUAAAGAAGUCUAUGCUUUUUUCAGUCAUCAACUACUGGACAGUCUUCAGAAAGCUACACGAUUAUCUUUGGAUACAAUGAAAAGAAGAAUAUUUGUUGUCAGCCCUUAUGGACGAAAGAGGUCAGAAGAUAUUAUUGCCUUUAUAAAAGCUGAAGUACAUCUUGCAAUUCCUAAUGUGGUAAUGAUGCCUAGCUUGGAUGACAUUCAACAGGCCAUUAACCGUAUGAUUCAGUUGACUCUGGAGGUCAGCAGAGGAGUAGCUCACUGGGGACAACAACAUGUGCGUCCCAUUAAGUCUGUAAUGAUCAGUCCUACCCGUACCACUACUGACUUGACCCACCCAACAUUGGGAAAGCAGAUCAAGAAGGAUGACAAAUCUUUUGAAGAGGUUAUUCCUGCAAGAAAACUGAAGAAUUUCUACCCUGGUGUAGCAGAACACAAGGAUAUUUCUAAGUUGGUUGUUCUUCUUUCAUCCUCUAUGAAUUCUUUCCGAAAGGCGGUUCAGGAGGCCUUGCAGGAAUUUCAGAAGUACAGUACUCUCUGGACGGAAGACCGAGACGUGAAAGUGAAGGAGUUCUUGGCUAACAACCCUUCUUUGACUGAAAUCAGAGCAGAAAUUCUGUACUAUGCAACUUUUGAACAAGAGAUUGAAGAGUUGAAGCCUGUUAUUCUUGUAGGAGCGCUUGAAUUACAUACAGGUCCAUUGAAAUUGGCAUUAUCAAUUGAGGCUAAGGCAUGGAAGAUGCUGUUCUGCCGAUAUUUGAAUGAGGAAUAUAAAAAGAAGAUGUCAGAUAUGAUCACAUUUAUCAAUGAAUACUUAAAAAAAUUAUCUCGACCUAUUCGUGAUUUGGAUGAUGUCAGAUUUGCAAUGGAAGCUUUGGCUUGUAUUCGUGAUAAUGAAAUUCACAUGGACAUGACUUUGGGACCAAUUGAAGAAGCCUACGGUAUUCUAAACAGAUUUGAAGUUGAAGUAACCAAAGAGGAAUCAGAAGCAGUUGAUACUUUGAGAUAUUCUUUCAACAAAUUGCAAAGCAAAGCUGUUUCUGUACAAGACGAAUUAGUUCAACUGCAGCCUAAGUUUAAAAGUAAUCUGCUAGAAUCUGUGGAAGUGUUUCGUGAUGAUGUUUUAAACUUUGCAGAGUCAUAUGAGAUGGUAAACUACCUAUUUUCAAACUCUGUAUUAAAUUAAAUAUCUUUGUUAAAGGCUAAUUUUGAUGAUCUCUGGAGAAAAUUUGUUACCUACUCAUCUGGGGAGCAGCUUUUUGGAUUGCCUGUGACUGACUAUGAAGUUUUGCACAAAACCAGAAAGGAACUCAACUUACUACAGAAGCUGUAUGGACUCUAUGACACUGUCAUGGGCAAUAUUAGUGGUUAUUAUGAAAUGCUUUGGGUAGAUGUAGAUAUUGAAAAAAUUAAUGCAGAACUUCAGGAAUUUCAAAACAGGUGUCGCAAACUUCCAAAAGGACUUAAAGAUUGGCAAGCUUUCUUGGAUCUUAAAAAAAGAAUUGACGAUUUCAGUGAGUCAUGCCCUCUGCUGGAAAUGAUGACCAAUAAGGCAAUGAAACAGAGACACUGGGAUAGAAUCUCUGAGUUGACUGGAACCCCAUUUGAUGUGGAAUCGGAUUCUUUUUGUCUUAAAAAUAUCAUGGAAGCACCACUCCUUAAAAAUAAGGAUGACAUUGAGGAUAUUUGCAUAUCUGCCAUUAAAGAGAAGGAUAUUGAAGCAAAGCUGACUCAGGUGAUUGAGAACUGGGCCAACCAGAACCUGAGUUUUGCAUCAUUUAAAGGAAAAGGAGAGCUCCUUCUCAAAGGAACGGAGUCUGGAGAAAUUAUCACUAUGAUGGAGGACAGCUUAAUGGUAUUAGGUUCCUUACUAAGUAACAGAUAUAAUACUCCAUUUAAAAAGAAUAUUCAGAACUGGGUGUAUAAAUUGUCUACUUCUUCAGAUAUAAUUGAAGAGUGGCUGGUAGUACAGAAUCUUUGGGUUUAUCUUGAAGCUGUUUUUGUCGGUGGAGAUAUUGCCAAACAGCUGCCUCAGGAAGCAAAACGUUUUCAGAAUAUUGACAAGUCAUGGAUAAAAAUAAUGCAGCGAGCUCAUGAGAAUCCCAAUGUGAUUAGUUGUUGUGUUGGAGAUGAAACUAUGGGGCAAUUGUUACCUCAUUUGCAUGAACAGUUGGAAGUAUGUCAGAAGUCACUUACUGGGUAUUUGGAGAAGAAGCGAUUACUUUUUCCAAGAUUCUUCUUUGUAUCUGAUCCAGUUCUCCUGGAAAUUCUUGGGCAAGCCAGUGAUUCUCAUACCAUACAGCCGCAUCUCCCUGCUGUUUCUGACAACAUAAAUGAGGUGACAUUUCAUCCCAAAGACUACGAUCGUAUGAUGUCUGUCAUAUCAAGAGAAGGAGAAAAGAUUAUGUUGGAUAAUUCCAUCAUGGCCAAAGGUCCUGUAGAGAUUUGGCUUCUAGAUUUGUUAAAAAUGCAAAUGUCAUCAUUGCAUAAUAUCAUUAGAUCUGCAUUCUAUCAAAUCAGUGACACAGGAUUUCAACUCUUACCUUUCCUAAAUCAUUUUCCAGCACAGGUUGGGCUUUUGGGAAUUCAGAUGUUGUGGACACAUGAUUCUGAGGAGGCUUUAAAUAAUGCAAAGGAUGACAGGAAAAUCAUGCAAGCAACCAAUCAGAAGUUUCUGGACAUUUUGAAUACUCUCAUCAGUCAGACAACACAUGACUUAUCCAAGUUUGACAGAGUAAAAUUUGAAACUCUAAUUACCAUCCAUGUGCAUCAGAGGGAUAUUUUUGAUGACUUGGUAAAAAUGCAUAUCAAAUCAGUUACUGAUUUUGAGUGGCUAAAACAGAGCAGAUUUUAUUUUAAGGAAGAUUUGGAUCAAACUGUGGUGUCUAUUACAGAUGUUGAUUUUAUUUAUCAAAAUGAGUUUCUGGGAUGCACUGAUCGUCUUGUUAUCACUCCAUUAACAGAUAGAUGUUAUAUCACAUUAGCACAGGCUUUAGGCAUGAACAUGGGUGGUGCUCCCGCUGGGCCUGCAGGUACUGGCAAAACAGAAACCACAAAAGAUAUGGGACGAUGUUUGGGAAAAUAUGUGGUUGUGUUCAAUUGCUCAGAUCAGAUGGAUUUCAGAGGCCUGGGAAGGAUUUUUAAAGGCCUUGCACAGUCAGGUUCCUGGGGCUGUUUUGAUGAGUUUAACAGGAUUGAACUGCCUGUGUUGUCAGUGGCAGCCCAACAAAUAUAUAUUGUCUUAACAGCAAGAAAAGAGAGGAAAAAACAGUUCAUUUUUUCUGAUGGUGACUGUGUAGAUUUAAAUCCAGAAUUUGGAAUAUUCUUAACAAUGAACCCUGGAUAUGCUGGGCGUCAAGAACUGCCAGAAAACUUAAAGAUUCAGUUUAGAACUGUUGCUAUGAUGGUUCCUGAUAGACAAAUCAUCAUGCGAGUUAAACUUGCAAGCUGUGGUUUUCUUGAAAAUGUAAUCUUAGCUCAGAAGUUUUAUGUUCUUUAUAAACUCUGUGAAGAACAACUUACUAAACAGGUUCAUUAUGACUUUGGAUUGAGAAAUAUUCUGUCUGUCUUGAGGACACUUGGAGCUCAAAAGAGAGCCAGACCAGAAGACAGUGAAUUAAGCACUGUCAUGAGAGGACUAAGAGAUAUGAACCUUUCUAAACUGGUUGAUGAAGAUGAACCCCUGUUCCUCAGCUUAAUCAAUGACCUGUUUCCAGGAUUACAGCUAGAUAGUAAUAGUUAUGCACAGCUGCAAGCCGCAGUAGCCAACCAGGUUUCAGAAGAAGGUUUGAUUAAUCAUCCACCCUGGAAUCUCAAACUUGUGCAGUUAUAUGAGACAUCUUUAGUACGUCACGGCCUCAUGACUCUUGGGCCCAGUGGUUCUGGGAAGACGACUGUUAUAACCAUUCUGAUGAAGGCGCUGACAGAGUGUGGGAGGCCUCACCGAGAGAUGCGAAUGAAUCCAAAGGCCAUUACUGCACCACAAAUGUUUGGCCGACUAGACACUGCCACCAAUGACUGGACAGAUGGAAUUUUUUCUACUCUGUGGAGAAAAACAUUAAAGGUUAAAAAAGGUGAAAACAUUUUCCUCGUUUUAGAUGGCCCUGUAGAUGCCAUUUGGAUCGAGAACUUAAAUUCCGUGCUGGAUGACAAUAAAACGCUCACCUUAGCUAAUGGUGAUCGCAUCCCGAUGGCCCCCAACUGUAAGCUUCUGUUUGAAGUCCACAAUAUUGAGAAUGCCUCCCCAGCUACGGUUUCGAGGAUGGGCAUGGUCUACAUCAGCAGCUCUGCUCUCAACUGGAGGCCGAUACUGCAGGCAUGGUUGAAGAAGCGUACCGCACAAGAAGCUUCUGUACUCCUAAAUUUGUAUGAUAAGGUGUUUGAAGAUGCAUAUACAUUUAUGAAACUAAACCUCCAACCAAAAAUGCAGCUUCUAGAGUGUAAUUAUAUUAUGCAAUCUCUCACUCUUCUGGAAGGCUUAGUACCAUCCAAAGAAGAAGGUGGUGUUUCAUGUGAUGAACAUCUUCAUAAAUUGUUUGUAUUUGGCCUCAUGUGGAGUUUAGGGGCUCUUUUAGAAUUGGACAGCAGAGAGAAGCUUGAAGUCUUUUUACGGGACCACCAAAGCAUGUUAACCUUACCUGAAAUACCUCAAGACACAGCGCAAACUAUUUAUGAGUAUUAUGUCACUGAUAAUGGUGAUUGGGAGCACUGGAAUCAGAAAAUCCAGCCAUAUUAUUAUCCAACUGAUAGUGUUCCAGAGUAUUCAUCGAUUUUGGUUCCAAAUGUUGACAAUAUUAGAACAAACUUUUUGAUAGACACCAUUGCAAAGCAAAAUAAAGCUGUUUUGCUCACAGGAGAACAGGGAACUGCCAAAACAGUAAUGAUCAAGGCCUAUUUGAAAAAGUAUGAUCCUGAAGUACAGUUAUCCAAAUCACUAAACUUUUCAUCUGCCACAGAACCAAUGAUGUUUCAGAGAACGAUUGAAAGCUAUGUGGAUAAGCGAAUGGGAAGCACAUAUGGGCCACCAGGAGGCAGAAAAAUGACUGUAUUUAUUGAUGACAUUAACAUGCCUGUGAUUAAUGAGUGGGGAGAUCAGAUAACUAAUGAGAUUGUGCGACAGAUGAUGGAAAUGGAAGGAAUGUAUAGCUUGGAUAAACCUGGAGACUUCACUACUAUUGUUGAUGUGCAGCUCAUUGCAGCAAUGAUCCACCCUGGGGGUGGUCGAAAUGAUAUCCCACAACGUUUAAAAAGACAAUUUACUGUGUUUAAUUGCACACUGCCUUCAAACACUUCAAUAGACAAAAUUUUUGGGGUAAUUGGCUGUGGAUACUUUGAUCCUUGUAGAAACUUCAAACCUGAAGUAUGUGAGAUGAUUCUGAAUUUAGUCUCAGCGGCCAGAGUGCUGUGGCAGUGGACAAAGAUAAAGAUGCUGCCAACUCCUUCAAAAUUCCAUUAUAUCUUCAAUCUUCGAGAUCUUUCCCGACUUUGGCAAGGAAUGCUGGUCAUAAAAGCUGAGGAGUGCAGUUCAGUACCUACUCUCUUAUCACUUUUCAAGCAUGAAUGUAACAGAGUAAUUGCAGACAGAUUCAUAACUCCUGAAGAUGAGCAGUGGUUUAAUGUGCACCUUAUCCGUGCUGUUGAGGAAAAUGUUAGCCCUGAACUGGCAUCUUCUAUUCUUCCUGAACCGUACUUUGUAGAUUUUCUCCGUGAUAUGCCUGAACCAACGGGUGAUGAACCUGAAGAUACUGUGUUUGAAGUUCCCAAAAUCUAUGAAUUGGUACCAAGUUUUGAAUUCCUGGCUGAAAAACUGCAGUUUUACCAGAGGCAGUUCAAUGAAAUCAUUAGAGGAACAUCUCUUGAUCUGGUGUUUUUUAAGGAUGCCAUGACUCAUCUCGUCAAGAUUUCACGAAUCAUUCGUACUUCAUGUGGCAAUGCAUUGCUAGUGGGAGUUGGUGGCUCAGGAAAACAGAGUCUUUCGAAGCUGGCCUCUUUCAUAGCUGGAUAUCAAAUAUUCCAAAUAACAUUAACCAGGUCCUAUAAUGUGAACAAUCUAACAGACGACUUAAAAUUUUUAUAUAAAGUUGCUGGUGCUGAUGGAAAAGGCAUCACCUUCAUCUUUACUGACAAUGAAAUAAAAGAUGAAGCAUUUCUAGAAUAUCUUAACAACUUGCUAUCCUCUGGGGAGAUCUCCAAUUUGUUUGCACGGGAUGAGAUGGACGAAAUCACCCAGAAUCUGAUACCAGUGAUGAAAAGGGAGCUGCCUCGCCACCCUCCUACCUUUGAUAACCUGUAUGAGUAUUUCAUUUCAAGAGCAAGGAAGAACUUGCAUGUCGUUCUCUGCUUCUCUCCAGUUGGUGAGAAGUUCCGAGCUCGAUCCUUGAAGUUCCCUGGUUUGAUAUCAGGUUGCACAAUGGACUGGUUUAGUCGUUGGCCAAAGGAGGCUCUGGUUGCAGUAGCCUCCUAUUUCCUUUCAGGCUAUAAUAUUGUCUGUUCUAGUGAAAUUAAAAGGCAAGUUGUUGAAACCAUGGGCCUCUUCCAUGACAUGGUUUCAGAGCACUGUGAACAGUAUUUCCAAAGAUACCGCCGAAGAGCGCAUGUGACCCCAAAAUCGUAUCUCUCAUUUAUAAAUGGUUAUAAGAACAUUUAUACGGAAAAAGUGAAAUAUAUUAAUGGACAAGCUGAACGUAUGAACAUUGGUCUUGAUAAACUGAUGGAGGCAAGUGAGUCCGUUGCUAAGCUCUCUCAGGAUCUCGCAGUGAAGGAGAAGGAGUUGGCAGUGGCUUCAGUGAAAGCAGAUGAAGUAUUAGCAGAAGUCACUAUCAGUGCUCAGGCUUCAGCCAAAGUGAAAAAUGAAGUACAGGAGGUGAAAGACAAAGCCCAAAAAAUUGUGGAUGAAAUUGAUUCUGAAAAAGUGAAAGCUGAGACCAAACUUGAGGCAGCUAAGCCGGCACUGGAGGAGGCAGAAGCAGCCUUGAAUACUAUCAAGCCAAAUGAUAUUGCCACAGUUAGAAAGCUUGCAAAACCUCCACAUCUUAUUAUGAGGAUUAUGGAUUGUGUUCUGUUACUGUUUCAAAAGAAAAUCGACCCUGUUACUAUGGAUCCAGAAAAACCCUGCUGCAAGCCAUCCUGGGGAGAGUCAUUGAAAUUGAUGAGUGCAACAGGAUUUCUGUUCAGCCUUCAGCAGUUCCCCAAGGACACUAUAAAUGAGGAGACUGUUGAGUUACUACAGCCAUAUUUUAAUAUGGAUGACUACUCUUUUGAAAAUGGCAAAAAAGUCUGUGGGAAUGUGGCUGGUCUGCUGUCCUGGACACUUGCUAUGGUGACUUUUUAUGGCAUCAAUAGGGAAGUGCUGCCUCUGAAGGCUAACCUGGCAAAGCAAGAGGGCCGCUUAGCAGUCGCUAAUGCUGAGUUAGGGAAGGCGCAGGCACUGCUGGACGAGAAGCAAGCCGAGCUGGAUAAAGUACAGGCAAAAUUUGAUUCGGCAAUGAAUGAGAAAAUGGAUUUGCUUAAUGAUGCUGACAUGUGCCGGAAAAAGAUGCAGGCAGCUUCCACUCUCAUCGAUGGGCUGAGCGGAGAAAAGGUUCGAUGGACUCAGCAGAGUAAAGAGUUCAAAGCACAGAUUAAUAGACUUGUAGGAGAUAUUCUGCUGUGCACUGGAUUCCUUUCCUACCUGGGUCCUUUCAAUCAGAUAUUUAGGAAUCUUCUGCUUAAAGAUCAAUGGGAGAUGGAACUGAGAUCUAGGAGGAUUCCUUUCACUGAAAACUUGAAUAUUAUUUCAAUGUUGGUGGAUCCUCCAACAAUUGGUGAGUGGGGGCUGCAGGGAUUACCAGGUGAUGACCUCUCCAUUCAAAAUGGGAUUAUUGUGACAAAGGCCACCAGGUACCCACUCCUGAUAGACCCGCAGACUCAAGGCAAAACUUGGAUUAAAUCAAAGGAAAAAGAAAAUGAUUUGCAGGUAUGUACCAGUUGGUGCAUGGAAAAGAUUAAGAUUUAUGAAGUGAAAGUUGGUGAUAAGGAAUGUGACAUCAUGGAUUCAUUUAAGCUUUAUAUUACUACAAAGUUACCAAACCCUGCCUUUACUCCUGAAAUCAAUGCUAAGACGUCCGUCAUUGAUUUCACUGUUACAAUGAAAGGACUUGAGAAUCAGUUACUACGGAGAGUGAUCCUAACAGAAAAACAGGAGUUAGAAUCUGAGAGGGUUAAACUUUUAGAGGAUGUUACUUUUAAUAAGCGGAAGAUGAAAGAACUUGAAGAUAACCUCCUCUAUAAAUUAAGUGCUACGAAAGGUUCCUUGGUGGAUGAUGAAUCUCUCAUUGGUGUCCUCCGAACCACCAAACAGACAGCAGCUGAAGUGAGUGAAAAGCUACAUGUGGCUGCAGAGACUGAAAUCAAGAUUAACAUGGCCCAGGAAGAGUUCCGGCCCGCAGCGACCCGCGGAAGCAUACUCUACUUCCUCAUCACAGAGAUGAGCAUGGUCAACAUUAUGUACCAGACCUCUUUGGCCCAGUUCCUGAAGCUGUUUGACCAGUCCAUGGCCAGAUCUGAAAAAUCCCCACUACCUCAAAAGAGAAUUACAAACAUUAUUGAGUUUUUGACCUAUGAAGUUUUUACAUAUUCAGUCAGAGGCCUCUAUGAAAAUCACAAAUUCCUCUUUGCCCUGCUUAUGACCUUGAAGAUCGAUCUUCAGAGAGGAACAGUUAAGCACAAAGAAUUCCAGGCUCUCAUUAAAGGGGGAGCUGCCCUCGAUCUGAAAGCCUGUCCGCCCAAACCAUUUCGCUGGAUCCUCGACAUGACCUGGCUGAAUCUUGUAGAGCUCAGUAAACUUCCACAAUUUGCAGAAAUCAUGAAUCAGAUAUCUCGUAAUGAGAAAGGAUGGAAAAGCUGGUUUGACAAAGACAGUCCAGAGGAGGAAAUUAUCCCUGACGGAUAUAACGAUUCUCUGGAUACCUGCCGCAAACUUUUACUCAUCAGGUCUUGGUGUCCAGAUCGUACUGUUUUUCAAGCAAGGAAGUACAUUGCAGAUUCUUUGGAAGAGAAGUACACAGAACCAGUUAUCUUAAAUCUGGAGAAAACUUGGGAAGAAAGUGAUACGAAAACACCUUUGAUAUGUUUCCUGUCCAUGGGCUCAGAUCCCACCAAUCAAAUUGAUGCAUUGGCCAAGAAGCUGAAGCUUGAAUGUAGAACGAUCUCCAUGGGGCAAGGCCAAGAAGUGCAUGCUCGGAAGCUGAUUCAGAUGUCCAUGCAGCAGGGUGGAUGGGUGUUACUGCAAAAUUGCCACCUUGGCCUGGAAUUCAUGGAAGAAUUACUGGAGACGCUAACUAUCACUGAAGCCAAUAAUGAUUCCUUUCGAGUAUGGAUAACCACUGAGCCUCAUGAUCGAUUCCCAAUUACACUCCUUCAGACUUCUCUCAAAUUCACCAACGAGCCACCCCAAGGUGUCCGCGCCGGCUUGAAGAGGACAUUUGCUGGAAUUAAUCAAGACCUACUUGAUAUUAGUAACUUACCCAUGUGGAAGCCAAUGCUUUACACUGUAGCAUUUUUACACUCCACUGUGCAGGAACGACGCAAAUUUGGCCCCUUAGGAUGGAAUAUUCCCUAUGAAUUCAACUCUGCCGACUUCACUGCCAGCAUUCAGUUUAUUCAGAAUCACCUUGAUGAAUGUGAUAUUAAGAAAGGAGUGUCCUGGAGUACAGUCCGGUACAUGAUUGGAGAAGUACAGUACGGAGGGAGAGUGACAGAUGACUUUGACAAGCGUCUGCUUAAUUGCUUUGCUAGAGUCUGGUUCAGUGAGAAGAUGUUUGAACCAUCAUUCCAUUUUUAUACUGGAUAUAAAAUCCCUGUGUGCAAAACCUUGGACCAGUAUUUUGAAUACAUCCAGUCCUUGCCAGCUUUAGAUAACCCUGAAGUCUUUGGGCUUCACCCCAAUGCUGACAUCACGUACCAGAGUAACACUGCUUCUGAUGUUCUUGACACGAUUACCAAUAUUCAACCCAAAGAGAGUGGAGGCGGAGUGGGAGAGACUCGGGAAGCUAUUGUUUAUAGAUUAUCUGAAGACAUGCUGAGCAAACUACCUCCUGAUUAUAUUCCUCAUGAGGUAAAAGCUCGCUUGAUAAAGAUGGGGCAUCUUAACUCAAUGAACAUAUUUCUUAGGCAAGAAAUUGACAGAAUGCAAAAGGUCAUUUCAAUACUUCGCAGUAGCCUGUGUGAUUUAAAAUUGGCCAUUGAAGGGACAAUCAUUAUGAGUGAGAACUUGAGAGAUGCACUGGACAAUAUGUACGAUGCCCGGAUACCUCAGAUCUGGAAGAGAGUGUCCUGGGAUUCAUCUACCCUCGGCUUCUGGUUUACUGAACUUUUGGAAAGAAAUGCUCAGUUUUCCACUUGGAUAUUUGAAGGGAGACCUAAUGUGUUUUGGAUGACUGGCUUCUUUAAUCCCCAAGGCUUCCUCACAGCAAUGAGGCAAGAAGUGGCCCGAGCCCACAAAGGCUGGGCCCUGGACUCGGUGACAAUCCACAAUGAUGUCCUGCGACAGACCAAGGAAGAGAUCGUGUCCCCUCCUGGGGAAGGUGUAUAUAUUUAUGGACUCUACAUGGACGGAGCAGCCUGGGACAGACGGAACGGGAAGCUCAUCGAAUCCACCCCCAAGGUGCUCUUCACUCAGUUGCCGGUGCUACACAUCUUUGCCAUCAACUCCACGGCGCCCAAGGACCCCAAGCUGUACGUAUGUCCUAUUUACAAGAAACCCAGGCGAACAGACUUAACCUUCAUCACCGUGGUAUAUUUAAGAACAGUUUUGUCCCCAGACCACUGGAUCCUGAGAGGCGUGGCCCUUUUGUGUGACAUCAAGUAA